UUUUUGUCCUGGGUGCCCAAAAUUUUAUUUCCAUGUCCAAAAAACCAGCGCCCAUACCAAAAACCCAGCCUCGUGCACCAGGUCCCCGAGGGCAGGAUACGAAGGCCAACAAUGAUCUAUUCCUGAAGGAGGUCUUCACCGCCACGAACAAAUGUCGGGGCCUGCACGGCUGUCCGGCGCUGACCAUCAACAAUGAUCUCAACAGAAUUGCCCAGGAAUGGGCCAAUCAUCUGCGGGAUAAGAAUGUGAUGGAACAUCGACCCAAUCCCAAGUAUGGGGAGAACAUCUUCCUCUCUGGCGGCAUGGAUGUGACGGGCGAUCUGCCCGUGGACAUGUGGUACCGGGAGAUCAAUUCCUACAACUUUGAUAAGGCAGAGUUUACCCCGACAUCGGGACACUUCACUCAGCUCAUUUGGAAGGGCUCCAAGGAGAUGGGUUCGGGUGUGGCACGCAAAGCGGACAGAACUUGGGUGGUUUGCAACUACAAUCCACCUGGCAAUGUUGUGGGUCAAUUCAAGGACAAUGUGCCCAGGAAAGUAAAGGAAUAAAGCGGAGUUUGGGGCAGAAUUAUAAUUUGGUUGUAAUAAUAAAGACAAU